AUGCCAUCCAACCAACAAAGCCUCUUUGCUGCGUUUUCUUGCCCAUCUAGAAGAGCCCUGCAUAUCAACAACCGCAUAGCGCACCCUAUCUCGCAAGCUAUUAUCCAUCUUCAGCGCCAAGAUCAAUACAACAGCAUCUCUGCGCCGAGCUUCACCCAACGUCGAACCCUAUCGAAUACUGUGUCCCGAAAAAUGGCGAGUGACGAGGAUUACAUGGCCUUCCUCAACAAGGCGAACCAGGAUGCGGACGAGGGGAGGGCAGCAGCGCAAAGCUCGCGGGGAGCGGGGCAGCAGAGGGCGUUUAAGAUUGCGGAUGAGGGGAGCGAGCUGCCGAAGAGCAUUGCGGAGGUUAUACGCGAUGCGUUUUACGUGAGUGAGGCGGAUGAGCCGUUUAAGGGGGUGUCGUUGAAGUGGAAGGGUGAGGGAGGGUUGCCGGAUGAAGGUCAGUUGUUUUUUGUCUAUGCCCUUGACACUCCAUUUCAAGAUUGGGGGUUUACUGUUCCCUCAAGUCUGUGGAAGGAGAAAAUUCGGAGGGGAAACUUGUGCAGAAGAGCUAAUUGGAACUAUGUCUAUAUAGUCGAAUUCGCAAAGCUGAUCAACCACUGGGACGCCGAGAAUGCGCAAAUCGACAUCAUGGAUCCGGUCGACUGGGACUCACAGGGGGAAUACGGCAAUGUGAUUGAUGCUGUGAGAGAGGCGACGAAAGGAAACGAUGUGAGAGUUUAUAGAGUUGCGAGGGAUCUGACGAGGGCGGAAUACUUUGUUAUUUCGCGCGAUGACGAGUGAAGGCGCUGGGAAUUGAGUCGUGAGCGGCUGGGAUUGAGUUCUUCUGUUGCGAAAGGCUCUGUAUCCGUAUCUAUGAGUCCUUGUGUCUUUACAUUUGCUAUCUAUUGAGGUCCUGAAUAUGGCAUUUAUUCGUCAGACUGUCCCGCAGCCCUCCGAAUCCAAGAUGGUUUAGCUCAUCAGCGCUGGGGGGAUGCAGAUGGCGUCUCAACAGCGCUAUGGUACCAGUACCAAGUUGACGGAUUUUAAUAGCUCACUGCCUAUCCUUCUAUCCCUGUCCUUUAAUCUUUCGAGUAAACGGUAAUUGGCUCACCUCACGUACAUACAUGUUUAUAAUCAUAGACGGAGCAUCAGCUCCCUCAGCGGCUAGGGCACUUUGAGGGAGAGAAAAAAAAAAAAAAACCACAAUCAACCGG